GCGAGUAGGUUGGCCUACAUGCCCGUUCCCUGGCUCAACCAUCCUUCUCGAGUUCAGCAUCCGCUAGCCCAAGUUAAGCCACAUCGGCUACGAGGUCAUCUCCCGCUCUCCCUAGACAACGUUGUGCCACGGUUCAGCCCGUGCCUGCCCAUCCUUUGCCUCCGGCUGGCCUCCGAUCCCGUGGACCUCGAUAUCAAUCGAUCUAUCUUAUCUAUCUAUCCACUGCUUGAGUGUCUGUCUUGGGUGUCAAUAUUUGGGAUCGAACGGGAUUGGCACGUGGACUUGAGUCAUGAAUAACGGCGGUAAUCCGGCGGGAUAUGGGCGGGGUAUUACUAGUGGACCCCCGCCCACCGGUGACAUGGGGGCGGCGAAUGGCCGGGAACUCCGACGACCGCAUCAAGGUGGCGGUGGAGUGAAUGUCAAUGAUCUGUCCCGGAACAUGAGGCAAAUGGAUCCCUUCAAUUAUAAUAACGGUUCGGGUGUGCCUUCCGUGCCACGCCCCAGUGCGGAUGGGUGGUCUUCGGGCAACAACGAAUACGAUCAGAAUUACGACGCCGUGCCCGCUCAUCACCGAGCCCAAUAUCAGACCGGUCCGGGCGUACCCGCCGCCUACGGCUACCAGCACGCCCAACGGCAUCAUACCCCCGCUCAAGCCCGACUCAACGUGACGGCCAAUGAGUUCAGGCCCAAGAGUCUGAGUGCUUCCGCGGCGGAAUUUGUGCCCCGGAAUAUGGCGCGGAAUACGUCGCAUUGGGCCGCUGUUCAACAGCAACAACAUAUGUAUCUCGAUCCGUUGGAGGAGGUUCGCGGUGGGGUGGGCGUGUUGGUGUAUUCUCCGGCCAAAAUCGACCAGAUUGCGGAACAUUUGACCAAUGUCUUGUCCGCCGUGGCCCACGAUGUUCAGACCCUUCAGAGUUGUGUCGAUUUGAUGGUGGAGACUUGUCUCGUGGAGCAUAAUUUCCGAUAUACCGGUGCUCGAUUACUGGACGCCCUCUCUGUGGGUGUGGUGGAUCAAUCUGGAACCCAACCCGUCAGAACCGUCCUUCUUUCCAAAUGUCAGAGUCUGAGAGAGCAGCACACGAAUCUGAAGCCGGAUCGUAGGCGACAGUUCAUUCUGUUCAUGGGGGACCUCUUUCUGCAUUUCGGAAUCUACGUGGGAGAUCACAAGCAACGGAUGCCCUUGUUGGGUCUGGCCGUGAUUGACCUACUCACCACUCUCCUGUCCGUGGAGAAUCGCAAGGAUAAAGACAAUCUCAAGUGUGUCUCGCAAACUCUCAAGAUGUGUGGCGCUCGCUUAGAAGAGGAGGAAGCCAAUUCCAAUGCCAACAAGGAUGGCGCUUCCAAGACGCCCAAGUUGGACGAGCUCAUGGCCGUGGUUGAGGAAGUCGGCUCAUCGCCACCUCCUCCGGGCAUGUCCAUCUACAUCAUAGAGAUGAUGAGUAUCUUGGUCCAACUGAGAAAAGACAACUGGGGCCAAGACUCGAAUGGCGGUGGAGGUGAAGAGCGGUUCCAAGACAAUGCCUACCGAUCGGACUAUAACCACUUCCAGCACAACCAUCCUUCCACAAACUCGGGUUCGAGCUUCGGGGAUGAGAGCGCACUAACCAAGGAGGAACUCAGAUUCAUGGCCGAACAAAUGGGUGAGCCCUUUGAAGACGAUGCUGGGGAAGACACGGAGCCAGAAAUGGAUCCCGAGAUCCAGUCCGCGUUCGACGAAUUCCUUGAAUCUCAGGGCCAAAAGCGUUCCUAGUGGAUCGAUGCCCUUGUGACACCCCUUUCCCCUUCCAUUUCAAUUAUCACUCCAUUAAGUUCUUGUUCCACAUAUCCACUUAGGGCCUGGUUUGAAUCGCGUUCAUCAAAUCGGAUCUUGGGGGGAAAAUGUGACCAAUGAACAAAGAAAUCCCACCACUCUAGCCCAUCAUAAUCCCAUGUUCUACAGCAAAUGAAAUUGGAUAAAGAGUUGGUAAAAUUUGCUUGUCAAAUUUUACUUGAACCACGUUAACCCCAUCACAAUCUCUGAAGAACAGCAAAAAAAAAAAACCUACAUGAAAAUACACCUCACAAAAUUGGAUAUUAUUCUACACUAUAUAAUUGCUUCUGACUCAUAAUUUUUAAGAAUAAAUCAAGAUCACUUUCCAAGAGGAGGAAAUCAAAA